AUGCUUAAAUGGCUUUUCGAUUCGUAUUUCUCCCCAACUUGUACAUCAGAAUUCAAAUGUUAUGGCAUUACUUGAACCAAAAGGUUGUGUUCCACUAGAUUGUGUGCUACUUUCAUCAAAACUGUCUUAUAUCUGCUUGCAGUGCGGUAAAGAGGCUACCGCUGAGAAUCUCAUAUAUGGAAUAACCAAUAAGAGUUGGUGUUACGGCUGCCAUAGUAAAUGUGAAUUUGAAAUUAGAACUAUCCGAUUUGUUGGUGAUUUUAAUUCGAUUGUGAAGGAAGACAACUCUGUACAAAAAAGCAAACAAAAGAAGAAAAUAGAACGGUCGAUGAUGCUAAUCGAAGGUCAACCACUGCCUGAAAAUGGGACAUGCAGACAUUACAAAAAAAGUUACAGAUGGUUCAGAUUUCCCUGUUGUGGAAAACUCUACCCUUGUGACCUGUGUCAUAACGAUGCUGAAAAGGAACAUGAAAUGAAGUUGGCUAAUCGAAUGGUCUGUGGUUUCUGCAGCAAAGAACAGGUGGCCCUUGUAAUGUCCGAUACUGGAAGUGAUUUGGCUGAAGUGAACACCACGUAUCAUUACCGCUUUUGUAAAUAUUUGACACCGAUACGUACGGGUGUUGGUUUGUUAACAAUUUUAGGUAAAGAUUUAAACAAAGUAGAAGAAAUAUUCUUUGCUGUUAUUGCUAGAGUUGAUGGUGUUUGUUGUCGAGUAUUCAUACUGAUUUUAAAUUUUGAUGGUAUUAGACGUGGAUUGCUGUAUUUAUUUUUUGCAACUUUUUGUUUCUAUCCAAAUUUGACAGAAUUAAGCAUUGUUCCAGGUAUCUUUUUGGCCUUAACUGCUGUGUUAUAUCUGCUGAAACCGAUACAAUUGAAGAAAAUAGUAUUGAUACACGAGAGCGAAUCAAAUGUGCAAUCAGUUCGAAGAACUCUGGCUUGA